CAAAUGUUUGCGAAACACACGAUACGAACGACUGGACCACUGCUCACAGACUGAGAGACUGUGUGUUAGACUCACUGACAGACUGUUUGUCGCUUUCAAAGCAAUCCAUUGUCUGCUCAGUCAUCACAUCGGAUCCAACCACUCAUCCAAACCAUGUCUGACCGCAACGCCAACCAGAGCUGGAAUCCAUUGAAUUACUCGCAAAACCUAUGCGUUGUGUCCAACGCUUCCCACGUCUCGAUCGCCGGUAACACCACUUGCGACCACUUUCUCGACUCAUUCGCGGCGCUCGACAUCCAAAGAGAGGCAAACGAUGGCAGGAAUCGAUUGGUGACGGAUCUCAUGACCGCCAACGACAAGGAGUUGCGAUUCGAUGCGAUGGCCGGCCAUCGAGACGCCAUUGGAGACAAUGGUCUGAAUUUCGGUGACUUUGCGCUGAACGUCGGCCACAACCGCAUGAAUGGCACCACUCUUUCGGCCCAUUCUCUCAUUGGUGUCAAUACUGUUAACACCAAUCAAUCGCUUCCUGACAUCAAUUCACUGCCGUUUAAAUCAAAUGUGAUGUCAAUGUCUUCGCACAGCUUUGCGGACAUGAAUUCAUAUCUGCAACCAAUCCGUCCAAUGAGUACAUCUGCACAGCAAAUGCAGAAUCAAUUGUGUCGGCCGUCGGGGCUGUCCACAGAUAUGUUGAAGAAUGCAUUGAUUAACCCGUCGUUUAAUAACAAACUGCUGAAGACUUUGCCAAAACCAAUGGCCAACUCAUUGAACACAUCGUUGUCAUCAGCGAUGAAUCAAAUGAAUGCCAACCAAUCAUUAAUGCCAUCAAUGAUUGGAUGCAAAGCACAGCCAUUGGCUUACAAUCAGAAUCAGUCGUAUCAACAGUUGGCGCCACUCAUGGAUUCUUCGGCACAAGAAGUGUCAUACAGUGGAAGCCGUCCGAUGCGGUCGAUUCGGGCCCGAAGUGAGAGCAACGGGUGCAACGGACCCACCAAUAAAUUGAACUAUUAUUUGGACAUCACUUACUCACAGUUCCGACACCUGGAAAAGGAGCGCAAAAAAAUUGAGAGCGAAUUGAUUGACGCGUUUGUGGGGAAGAAGAUCUCGAGUGCCAACAACUUCCCGAUCCAACGACUGCCACAGAAUGCGUCCAAAAUAGACAAAAUGAUUACCGAUAUGUCUCGAGAACACGCCAAAGUGGUGACAAUAGUGGCCACAAUGGAACAGUUGAAGGACAGGGAGUUUAGUGAAGACAUCCACAACUGCGUUCAGAAAUGGGUCGAUAUUAUACGCGUUCUGCAGAUGAAGCGAAAGGUGGAAAUGCAGAGAAACGCCGUCAACGGGUCGGUCGACGACAUGUCCACCGAUGAGAUGCUAAUAUUCUAUGAUCUAUGA